UUUCGUCUAUCGGCAUGUGCGGUCGAAUUACGUGAGAUGUUGAGCGGCCCGGGUAUUGCUGGUCUCCUGCUCACGGUUCUUCUUUUUGGCCUUUUGUGUCCGAAACUGGCCAAUGCGGAAAAUAUCUUGGCCGUAUUCUCGUACACCUUUGGCUCGUCCUACUUGCUGAUUACUCCGUUCUUAAGGAAUCUUGUCCAGCGGGGUCACCAGAUAACAUUGAUAUCGGGCGUUUCGAUUAUGCCCCACAUAGAGGGUGUCCAUAACAUCCGAGUGCCCAAAUUGGAUAUGCUGAUGAAAAUUCUCUUAGAUUUGGAAUAUGAAACCGAUUUAACCAAAUGGACGGAGGCUCAAUUCGUGUCCGAUUACUUUUACAACUGCUCAAAGUUCGUCCUUGAAGAUCCUGGGGUGCAGGAGCUGCUCCACAACGCUAGUGCCAAGUAUUCGCUGAUUAUUUUGGAGGCGACACACAACGAUGCCCUGUACGGAUUUUCGCAGCACUUUAAUGCACCGCUGGUGGGGAUCGCCGCCUACGGAUCGUCCUGGAACAUUGACUUUCUGGUGGGGAACUCGGCGCCAAGUGUCUACGAACCGAUAUCGGCCUUGGGCUACACAGCUGGCCUUAGUCUGAUGGAGAAGUGGCACAACCUAAUCUUCAUUACCGAGGAGCGUUUGGUGGAGCGAUUCAUCUACUUGCCUCGCCAAAAAGAUCUGUACAAGCAACACUUCCCUGGUGCCACCACCAGUAUUCAUAACCUCCGUCGGAGAUUCUCACUGAUCCUGAUCAAUCAGCAUUUCACCAUGGGCCGAGUUCGCAGCAAUGUGCCCAAUAUCGUGGAAGUGGCGGGUAUGCAUCUGGACGAAAAACCAUAUCCUUUGGAUGCGGAACUGAGAAAGAUUUUGGAUGAAGCCAAACAUGGAGUUAUCUAUUUUUCUAUGGGCCUGCAACUUCUGGAGACUUGGUUGCCCCCAGGAAUGCGACCUGCUAUGUCGGGCGCUUUUGCGCAGUUGAAACAACAAGUGAUUUGGAAGAGUGACCAUCCAGAGAUGGUCAACCAGUCAAGGAAUGUCUUUGCUAGAACAUGGUUCCCCCAACGCGCGAUCCUCAAUCAUCCUAAUGUUAAGCUCUUUAUCACCCAUGCUGGUCUUUUGGGCCUUAUUGAAUCCGUUCACUAUGCAGUCCCCCUACUGUGUAUACCUCUGUUCUACGAUCAGUUUCAAAACACCAAGCGAAUGGAGAAGUUGGGCGUGGCCAGGCGGCUGGAUUAUAAAAACCUUCUCCGGGACGAAAUUGUCCUGGCCAUUGAGGAUCUUGUGUACAAUGCUAGUUAUAAACGAAAUGCAAGGGAUUUGUCUCAACGAUUUCAUGACCAACCAAUGUCUGCCAUGGAUACCGCGAUUUGGUGGACUGAAUAUAUCAUGCGGCACAAAGGAGCCGACCACAUGAGAAUCGCAGAGCAGGAAAUGUCCUUGAUGCAAUACUAUAACGUGGAUGUUGUUUCUGUUCUCUUCGGACGAAUCGGACUUAGUGCUAUUAUUGUUAUCUUCCUCGGCUGGAAACUAGUCUCAUUGGCAACAAGACACCUUGAGUACCGAUUCAAUGUGCACUUGGUAAGAUAAAAGUUAAUUAUUAUUGGCAACAGAAAAUCCACGACAUUGCCAAUCGGUCACCUUUUGUUAUAAAAAGUGUGUUAGACAACGGUGUUUUGUGUCAUUUUAGCAUUGUACUUAGGUAAUUUAUAAACCCAAAUAGGUUAAAAUAAAAAACAUUGUAAAA